UAUACCAAACCCAUCACCUCCAUACCUAUUCCAUUCUGUCACCUGUUCCGAAUUUCGAUUACAAAUCUGGGUUUCGGAGCUCUCUCGCCAUUGCCGCUAUUGCUGUUUUCUACAAAUUGUGUUUCAAUGGCGGUUGCGAGUAGCUUUAUGACAGGUGGCAGUUUCAAUUGUGAUUAUUUAAGUUCUACGUCUUGUUCUUCGUCGUCUUCUCCUUCUGUGGAUCAUCAAGUUAGAUUUUUUGGGAGUCGUCGAAGAAUUAAGCCGUUAGUAUAUUGGACGAGAUCGCAUUCGUUGAGCCCUAAAUGUGAGUUAUCAUCCAACUCGGUGGUGAAAAAUGGCAAAAAGGAAUCUAGAACAUCGAGUCUUUCUGCUUUGGAACUUCUCAAAACAUCUGCUGCUGAUCGAUAUACAAAGGAGAGUAGCAGCAUCAUGGUUAUUGGACUUAACAUUCACACAGCACCAGUUGAAGUGCGGGAAAAAGUUUCUAUCCCAGAAGCACAAUGGCCUCAAGCAAUUCGCGAACUGUGUUCCUUGAAUCAUAUAGAGGAAGCUGCUGUAUUGAGUACUUGUAACAGAAUUGAAAUAUAUGUUCUGGCGCUUGCCCAAAAUCGUGGAAUUAAAGAAGUGACUGAGUGGAUGUCUAAGUUUAGUGGAGUUCCAGUUACAGAGCUAUGCCAACACCGGUUUUUGCUAUACAAUCAAGAUGCCACACAACACCUGUUUGAAGUAGCUGCUGGACUAGAUUCCCUAGUCCUGGGAGAAGGUCAAAUUCUUGCACAGGUCAAGCAGGUUGUUAAGAAUGGACAGGGGGUCCCUGGCUUUGGUAGGAAAAUAAGUGAGCUAUUUAAGCGUGCAAUCACAACUGGUAAGAGGGUAAGAACUGAGACCAAUAUCUCCAGCGGAUCAGUAUCAGUCAGUUCAGCGGCGGUUGAGCUUGCUCUGCUGAAACUUCCAGAGUAUUCUUCUUCUACGGCUCGUGUGUUAAUUGUUGGAGCUGGCAAGAUGGGAAAGCUUGUGAUCAGACAUUUGGUUGCUAAAGGGUGUAAAAAGAUGAUUGUCGUUAACAGGACAGAGGACAGAGUUGCUGCCAUCCGUGAGGAGUUGAUGGAUGCUGAUAUAGUAUACAAACCUUUCUCAGAAUUGUUAGCAUGUGCUGCUCAGUCUGAUGUAAUAUUCACCUGCACUGCUUCGAAAGCUCCUUUAUUCAUAAAGGAGAGUGUUCAAGCUCUCCCUUCUGUGAACUCUGAAGAUGGGUGCCGGAGGCUAUUUAUCGAUAUUUCUGUUCCUCGGAAUGUGGAGCCUAGUGUCGCAGAACUUGAAGGUGCAGGUGUUUACAAUGUGGAUGAUCUUAAAGAGGUUGUGGAAGCUAAUAAGGAGGAUCGGUUGCGGAAGAAAAUGGAAGCUGAGACCAUCAUUGCUGAGGAAGUGAAACAAUUUGAAGCACUUAAAGACUCCCUUGAGACCGUUCCAACUAUAAAAAAGCUCAGGGCAUAUGCUGAAAGAAUUAGGUCUGCUGAGGUUGACAAAUGUUUGUCUAAGAUGGGUGAUGAUAUCCCCCAAAACAAGAAGAAGGCCAUCUAUGAUCUCAGUUUAGGGAUAGUAAACAAGCUGCUACACGGACCAAUGCAGCAUCUGAAAUGCGAUGGAGCAGAAAACCGAACUUUGAGUGAAAUACUUGAAAAUAUGCACGCCCUUAACAGAAUAUUUGGUCUUGAUACAGAGAUUUCUGUAUUGGAAGAGAAAGUACGAGCCAAGAUAGAACAAAAUCAAAAGCAUUCCUCUUGAGGUUCUUUUGCCAUUCAGCUAGAAAAGGUCAAUAACGUUCAGCAAAGUUCAAUCAGGAAUGAUCAUCGUUUCAGAUCCUUCCCUGACAGUUUGCUAGUUUUAACUGUAUCAAAUUGAAGUACACAGAACACGAUGAAAUUCUUUUUUUUUAGGCCAUAGGUAGCCAACAUUACACGAGGGAUUCCCUCAGAUUGCGGGAAAGUCUGCCAUAGUUGCAGUUGUAUUUCUUACAGAAGAGUAUAUAUCCAU